AUGUCGUUUGUCUGCAAGAGCAUCAGCGUGGGCAAAGGCACCAAGAAGAGAGAAGAAGAGGUAGGGACUGAAGUGACAGAAGGGGCAGAUGAAUGGGCUCAAUCCAAAGUCACAGUUAGACCCCCUGACCAGCUGGAGUUGACUGAUGCGGAAUUAAAGGAGGAGUUCACCCGAAUUCUGACAGCCAACAACCCACAUGCACCCCAGAACAUCGUCAGAUACAGCUUCAAAGAAGGAACAUAUAAGCUUAUUGGCUUUGUGAACCAGCUGGCAGUUCACUUCAGCCAGGUUGGGAACCUGGUUCCCAAAGACUCGGAUGAAGGCCGACGGCAGCACUACCGUCAUGAGUUAGCAGCAGAUUCUCAGGACUCUGCCAGGGUGGUGAUUUCAGAAGCAGAAAUCCUUGAAGAAGAAGAAGAGCCCAAGGAAACAGAAGCUGAAGCUGAGAGUCAAGGAGAUUUGCUUGCAGCUGAGGCUACUGAAAAAGUGAUUGAAGAAGAAUUGAUGACUCCUAAGCAGCCCAAGGAACGAAAACUCACCAACCAGUUCAACUUCAGUGAGAGGGCCUCCCAGACUUUCAACAACCGCCUCCGGGAUCGAGAAUGUCAGAUGGAACCUCCUCCCAGGACAAACUUUUCAGCUACAGCUAAUCAGUGGGAGAUCUACGAUGCCUAUAUAGAAGAACUCGAGAAGCAGGAAAAGACCAAAGAGAAGGAGAAAACAAGGACCCCAGUGGCCAAAAAAAUGGGGAAGAUAACCAUGAGGAAGAUGAUGUCUAUGGAGUCCCAGAGUGAUGACAUCACCAAAGUGGCCCAAGCUGCUAAAAUUGUGGAGCGGAUGGUCAACCAGAACACAUAUGAUGACGUUGCUCAAGAUUUUAAAUACUAUGAGGAUGCUGCUGAUGAAUACCGGGACCAGGAGGGUACCCUGCUGCCGCUCUGGAAGUUUCAAAAUGACAAAGCCAAGCGCCUGGCUGUCACCGCCCUCUGCUGGAAUCCAAAGUACAAUGAUCUGUUUGCAGUGGGACAUGGCUCCUAUGACUUCAUGAAGCAGAGCCGUGGCAUGCUGCUAUUCUACAGCAUGAAGAAUCCCAGCUUUCCCGAAUACAUGUUCAGCAGUGAGAGUGGCAUCAUGUGUCUGGACAUGCACGUGGACUACCCUUACCUGGUGGUGGUGGGCUACUAUGAUGGCAACGUGGGUGUUUACAACCUCAAGAAACCCCAAUCCCAGCCCUCCUUCCGCAGCUCAGCCAAGUCUGGCAAGCACACGGACCCGGUGUGGCAGGUCAAGUGGCAGAAGGAUGACAUGGACCACAACCUAAACUUCUUCUCUGUGUCAUCUGAUGGCAGGAUUGUGUCUUGGACGCUUGUGAAGAGUGAGCUGGUUCACACAGAUGUCAUCAAGCUGAAGGUGGAGGGCAGCACCUUGGAAGGUCUCGAAGGGUUGCAGCUACACACAGUGGGCUGUGGCACCGCCUUUGCCUUCCACAAAGACAUCGACUACAUGUUCCUAGUGGGCACAGAAGAGGGGAAAAUCUACAAGUGUUCCAAAUCCUACUCCAGUCAAUUCCUUGACACCUAUGAUGCCCACAACAUGGCAGUGGAUGCUGUGACCUGGAACCCAUACCACAGCAAGGUCUUCAUGUCCUGCAGCUCCGACUGGACAGUGAAGAUCUGGGACCACACCAUCAAGACCCCAAUGUUCAUCUAUGACCUGAAUUCAGCUGUGGGAGAUGUGGCCUGGGCACCCUAUUCUUCUACUGUGUUUGCGGCAGUCACUACCAAUGGGAAAGCCCAUGUAUUUGACUUAUCCAUCAACAAGUAUGAGGCCAUCUGCAGCCAGCCAGUGGUGGCUAGAAAGAAGAACAAGAUCACACAUGUGCAGUUCAACCCCAUCCACCCCAUCAUCAUUGUGGGAGAUGACCGUGGACACAUCACCUGCCUCAAGCUCUCACCCAAUUUGCGCAAGAUGCCGAAGGAAAAGAAAGGGCAGGAGGUGCAGAAAGGUCCAGCUGUGGAGAUUGCAAAAUUGGACAAGCUGCUGAACCUGGUGAGGGAAGUGAAAACCAAAGUCUAAGGCUUCAUUUCAGUGCUUGUCCCCUUUAUGAACAUCUGUCUUGACCCUGGUACUCAAGCCUAGCCUUAGCACUCAGAAUGUGACUCCAGCUCUGACCAGACCCCAGAACCCUCUCUACCCUUACCCAGGAUUAGACCGGCAACUGCCAUUACCCUACCCCCCCACCCCCACUUUACACAAAUAAACCUGUUUG